AUGGCAGCCACAUACGAUGUGGGAACCAAGGCCUGGCAGCCCGAUGUCACCGAAGGCUGGGUUGCCUCAGAGGUCGAGCAAAAGAACCUGGACGGAGAGAAGGUCACGCUUGUAUUCCAGCUGGCCAAUGGAGAGACACGAUCAAUAGAGACGACGCUGGCCGCCAUCGCAGACGGCAAGGACCCAAAACUGCCGCCGCUGAUGAACCCGACAAUGUUGGAGGCCUCUGACGACUUGACCAAUCUUUCGCAUUUGAACGAGCCCGCAGUGUUACAAGCCAUCAAACUACGAUAUGCACAGAAAGAAAUCUACACGUAUUCAGGCAUCGUCCUUAUUGCUACCAACCCCUUCGCCCGCGUCGACUCGCUCUACGUCCCGGGCAUGGUUCAGAUUUACGCCGGCAAGCAGCGCCAAACACAAGCGCCGCAUUUGUUUGCUAUAGCAGAGGAGGCUUUCGCGGAUAUGCUGAGAGAUGGUCGCAACCAGACCAUUGUCGUUUCGGGAGAGUCUGGUGCUGGAAAGACUGUUUCUGCCAAAUACAUCAUGCGCUACUUUGCAACAAGAGAAUCACCCGAUCAGCCUGGCUCCCGUUCAAAGGGUCGUGUCGAGAGUAUGAGCGAGACUGAAGAGCAGAUUCUGGCCACCAACCCUAUCAUGGAAGCCUUCGGUAACGCAAAGACAACCCGCAACGACAACUCGUCACGCUUCGGAAAGUACAUCGAGAUCAUGUUUGACAAGAAGACGGACAUUAUUGGUGCGAGAAUCAGAGUAUACCUGCUCGAGCGCUCGAGACUGGUUUUCCAGCCGCUCAAGGAGAGGAACUACCACAUCUUCUACCAGCUGGUCGCUGGUGCUUCAGAUGCUGAAAAGGAGGAGCUGGGCUUGAUACCCGUCGAAGAGUUCGAUUACCUCAACCAAGGAAAUGCUGCCCAGAUCGAUGGCCUGGACGACGCCAAGGAGUUCAGCGACACAAAGGAGGCCUUGACCAGAAUCGGUGUCUCGACAGACCAACAAUCCUCCAUUUGGAAAAUCCUCGCUGCUCUGUUGCACAUCGGAAACAUCAAAAUCAUUGCCACUCGUACCGAUUCCCAACUCUCUGCUACUGAUGCUUCGGUUGUCAAGGCUUGUGAGCUGCUUGGCAUCGACGCCGAGAGCUUCGCCAAAUGGACCGUCAAGAAACAGCUUGUCACUAGAGGUGAGAAGAUUACAUCCAACUUGACACAACAGCAGGCCACCGUCGUUCGUGACUCGGUCGCAAAGUACAUCUACUCUAGCUUGUUCGACUGGCUGGUCGAAAUUCUCAACAGCAGUCUGGCCACCCCCGAAGUUCUCGAGAAUGUCACCUCCUUCAUUGGUGUUUUGGAUAUCUACGGUUUCGAACAUUUCGCCAAGAACUCAUUCGAACAGUUCUGUAUCAACUAUGCCAACGAGAAGCUCCAGCAAGAGUUCAACCAGCACGUCUUCAAGCUUGAACAGGAAGAAUACCUUCGCGAAGAGAUUGACUGGAAGUUCAUUGAUUUCUCCGACAACCAGCCUUGUAUCGAUUUGAUCGAAGGCAAGCUUGGUGUUCUUGCUCUCCUGGAUGAAGAAUCAAGACUGCCCAUGGGUUCCGACGAGUCUUUCGUUACCAAGCUUCACACCAGCUUCGGCGACAGCAAGUCAAAGUUCUUCAAGAAGCCUCGCUUCGGAAAGUCUGCCUUCACCGUCUGCCAUUAUGCUGUUGAUGUCGCAUAUGAAUCCGACGGCUUCAUCGAGAAGAACAGAGAUACUGUGCCCGACGAGCACAUGGAAGUUCUCCGUGCUUCCUCCAACUCUUUCCUCACUGAGAUUCUUGAGGCUGCUUCGGCCGUACGUGAGCGCGAUACUGCAGCUGCUCAGGCCAAGCCUUCUGCUGUUGCAGCUCCUGGAAAGAGACCCGGCGCCGCUUCAACAAGAAAGCCCACUCUUGGUGGUAUCUUCAAGUCGUCUCUGAUUGAGCUGAUGGCCACCAUCAACUCUACCGAUGUGCACUACAUCCGCUGUAUCAAGCCCAACGAAGCCAAGGAAGCCUGGAAGUUCGAAGGUCCCAUGGUCUUGAGUCAACUGCGUGCUUGUGGUGUUCUUGAGACCGUCAGAAUCAGUUGUGCUGGAUAUCCCACAAGAUGGACCUACGAAGAAUUCGCUCUCCGAUACUACAUGCUUGUACCAUCAACACUAUGGACGUCCGAACUCAGGGGUAUGGCCAAUGCUAUCUUGACACAAGCACUUGGCGGUGCUGCCAACGAUGCUACAAGCAAGUACCAGCUUGGUCUGACCAAGAUCUUCUUCCGUGCUGGUAUGCUUGCCUUCCUCGAGAAUCUGAGAACCAGCCGUCUCAACGAUGCUGCUAUCAUGAUUCAGAAGAACCUUCGCGCCAAGUACUACCGUCGUCGCUACCUCGAAGCCAUCGGCUCCGUCCGUGGGUUUCAGUCCCUUGUGCGAGGAUGCGUCGCACGCCGCAAUGCUGACGAUGCGCGGCGAACGAAAUCUGCCACCACGAUCCAACGUGUGUGGAGAGGCCAAAAAGAGCGCAAGAACUACGUACUUGUCCGCAACAAUCUCAUCCAGUUCGAAGCGGCGACCAAGGGAUAUCUCUGCCGUAAAAACAUUCUGGACACGAGACUAGGCAACGCUGCGCGUACCAUUCAAAGAGCUUGGAGAUCUGGUCAACAACGUAAAGAAUGGACCGACUACAGACGCAAGGUCACUAUCGUACAAGGUCUGUGGAGAGGUAAGCAGGCUCGCAAGGCUUACAAGGGCCUGCGUGAGGAGGCCAGAGAUCUCAAGCAAAUCUCCUACAAGCUUGAAAAUAAGGUUGUCGAGCUUACCCAGUCGCUCGGCGCUGUCAGAACCGAGAACAAGGCUCUCAAACAUCAAGUACAGAACUAUGAGAACCAGCUUAACACUUGGAAGAACCGUACCCAGGGCCUCGAACAGAGAGCAAAGGAACUCCAGGCAGAGGCGAAUCAGGCUGGUAUGAGUGCCGCCAAGGUUGGUCAGCUGGAAGAGGAAAUGGCCAAGCUACAGCACAGCUACGAGGAGUCUUCGUCCAGUAUGCGCAGACUCCAAGAAGAAGAAAGGACACUGCGCGAAUCUCUUCGCGUGACUACAGAAGAGCUGGAAAACUCGAAGCAGAGUGUUACCGUGUCCGAGACCGAGAAGAUGUCGUUGAGGCAACAGCUAGCAGAGUUACAGGAUCAGCUGGAGCAUGCCAAGCGUGCUGCUCCCACCAACGGCGAGAUGACCAAUGGUGGUGCUGGUCAGAUCAGCGGUCUGAUCAACCUCGUAUCAUCGUCGUCAAAGAAGCCCAAACGCCGCAGUGCUGGCUUCGAGCCCACCAACACCGACAGAUCCAGUGGCACUUUCAACCCUCGACCAGUCUCGAUGGCAUUUGGUGCUACUAGCGGACACCAACAGACUCUCUCCGGGUCCACCUUCAAGCCUGACUUGGAGAAUGUUGAGAUGGAGCUCGAGAACUUGCUCGCCAACGAAGAUGCAUUGAACGAUGAGGUCUCCAUGGGCCUUAUCAGAAACCUCAAGAUUCCCCUCCCCGGAUCUACCCCACUCCCUACCGACAAGGAAGUCUUGUUCCCCGCAUAUCUCAUCAACCUUGUCACUUCCGAGAUGUGGAACAAUGGCUUUGUCAAGGAGUCUGAGCGCUUCCUUGCCAAUGUCAUGCAGUCCAUUCAGCAAGAGGUCAUGCAGCACGACGGUGACGAGGCAGUCAACCCUGGUGCUUUCUGGCUCUCAAACGUCCACGAGAUGCUCUCGUUCGUCUUCCUUGCUGAAGACUGGUACGAAGCACAAAAGACGGACAACUUUGAAUAUGACCGUCUUCUCGAGAUUGUUAAGCACGACUUGGAAAGUCUUGAAUUUAACAUCUACCACACUUGGAUGAAGGUAUUGAAAAAGAAGUUGCACAAAAUGAUCGUUCCUGCCAUCAUCGAGUCGCAAUCGCUUCCGGGCUUUGUUACCAAUGAGAGCAACCGUUUCCUCGGCAAGCUUCUUCAGUCCAACAACGCACCUGCCUUUAGCAUGGACAACCUGCUUUCUCUGCUCAACAAUGUCUUCAAGGCUAUGAAGGCAUUCUACCUCGAGGACUCCAUCAUCACCCAGACCAUUACCGAGCUUCUUCGUCUCGUCGGUGUCACCGCCUUCAAUGACCUUCUCAUGCGCCGUAACUUCCUCUCUUGGAAGCGUGGUUUGCAGAUCAACUACAACAUUACCAGAAUUGAGGAAUGGUGCAAGAGCCAUGAUAUGCCCGAGGGUACUCUCCAACUUGAGCAUCUUAUGCAGGCCACCAAGCUUUUGCAGCUCAAGAAGGCGACACUCAACGACAUUGAGAUUAUCCAGGACAUUUGCUGGAUGCUCUCGCCCAACCAAAUUCAAAAGCUGCUGAACCAGUACCUCGUCGCCGACUACGAACAACCCAUCAACGGCGAAAUCAUGAAAGCCGUCGCCUCGCGCGUCACCGACCCCAAGACCGAUGUUUUGCUCUUGCCCGCCGUAGACAUGGACGACAGCGGGCCCUACGAAAUCGCCGAGCCGCGCGUCAUCACAGCACUCGAGACCUACACACCCUCGUGGCUGCAAACACCGCGACUCAAGCGCCUUGCAGAAAUUGUUUCCGCACAAGCGGUCAUGCAGCAACAGCUUGAUGCUGGAGGUGCCAUGGCUAAGGAAGCGUACGAAGCAGGUGAGGAUGGCGAGGGAGGUGAUAUGGGGGAUUGGAGUCAUUUGAACGGACAGAAUGGGCUUCAUCAACAUCAUGAGCAAGAAGCUGGGAUCUAG